UGAAACGCAACCUUGAAGGCAGAAUAGCAGGACAAUUUGAUGUGCUAAGUGAAGGAUAAAAAAGCGCGCAGCUGCAGUCGUACGCAGAAUUAAUUGCAGGUGGGGAAAUUUGAGAGAAGCCACAAAAACCAAUUUAAUCAUUCAGCAACACGCCGGGGGUUAUUUGAUAGACGGAAAGUUAAAUGACAGCAGCAUAAUGGCCACAAACGAAUCUCAACCGAUUUACUGCGGCAGAGGCUUUGACAACUUUCACACCAGCUACAAGAUUUGGCAUGGCUACAUUUCGCUCAUCGUCUGCAUUCUCGGCACCAUAGCCAACACACUAAACAUCAUCGUGCUGACGCGCAAGGAGAUGCGUUCACCGACCAAUGCCAUACUCACCGGACUGGCGGUGGCCGAUCUCGCCGUCAUGAUCGAGUACAUACCCUACACCACACACGACUACAUACUCGCCGAUCAAUUGCCACGCGAACAACGCCUCAGCUACAGCUGGGCUUGCUUCAUUAAAUUCCACUCCAUAUUCGCACAAGUACUGCACACCAUUAGCAUUUGGUUGACCGUCACGCUUGCAGUGUGGCGUUACAUUGCCGUCGGUUAUCCGCAAAAGAAUAGUAUCUGGUGUGGGAUGCGCACCACUUUAUUCACCAUCUUCACAGCGUAUAUUGUUUGUGUAUUAGUGGUAUCGCCAUCGUUGUAUCUGGUGACCGCAAUUGUGGAAUUUCUCGAAGCGGUAGAUGAACACGGAAAAAUCCUCGACGCUGAGCCCUUAACGCAGUACAUAAUCGAUUAUUAUAAUGAGACUACCCGUCAGAUGGCGGAACCGGUAACAGCAUCAGAAUUGGCAGCCUCAAUAGCGCCAGGUAAUGACAGUACAUUGGCAACAAUGUUUGCCGUCACUAGCUCGGCAUUAACGUGGAAUGUGAGUAGUGUAGCUAAUACAAUAGCGACAACACUUUCCACGACAACAACAACAACAGCAACGACAACGACAACGAAUGCACCAACGCCAUCACCAUGGCAGCGUGCGCAUCAUAACAUUACCGUUUAUAAACUCUAUCACAGCGAUUUGGCGCUGCACAACAAAUCGCUGCUCAACUCAACGUUUCUCAUAUACAGUGUCCUCAUCAAAUUGAUACCUUGUUUUGCGCUGACGAUACUCUCGAUACGUUUGAUAGUGGCGCUGCUGGAGGCCAAACGACGACGCAAAAUGUUAACUAGUAAUGCCGCGAACGGUAUGAAGCCCAUCGUUAAUGGGAAGGUGACGGAACAGCGGCCGCGCAAAAAUAGCAAAACUUUGGAGAAGGAAAAGCAGACGGAUCGCACAACGCGCAUGCUGCUAGCAGUUUUGUUGUUAUUUCUCAUAACUGAAUUCCCGCAAGGCAUCAUGGGUCUGCUAAACACGGUGCUGGGCGAUGCAUUCCUCAUGCAAUGCUACUUGAAGCUGAGUGACAUCAUGGACAUACUGGCUCUACUCAAUUCCAGCAUCAAUUUUAUACUCUACUGUUCGAUGAGCCGUCAAUUCCGCACCACAUUCACCAAGCUCUUCCGACCCAAAUUCCUCGACAAGUGGCUGCCGGUGGCUCAAGACGAUGACGGUGGCAUCGGCGCCAAUGGCCGGCAGCGCGGAGAGCUUGCGAGCAAAUCGCACGCCGUCGAACAGCAAUGUUUGACGACACAGGUGACGAAUGUGUAGCAUCGAAGUCAAUUGCGUUGCUGUCGAGCGACUCCAUCAUACGGCGAUGAGGAGACGAGUGCCGUAGCUGCUGGUAAUGGCUUUUGCGGUUGGGGU